CAACAACAGCAACGGCAAAAAACACCCAUUCACAUUUAUAAUUAUAAUAAUAUCGUGCAGCAGCGAAUGUUGCCCAUAACAACAAAUACAAUAAUAACAACAACAACUACUAAAGCAGCGACCGCAGCAACAACAACCACAAUAACAACAGCAACCACCACAACAACAGCAACAUGCGCUGCAACAAAUCAGUUAUUAAUGCUUGUCAAGGAAAAACAACAGCAGCAACAAUCGCCGCCACAGCAACCACAACAGCAACAGCAGCCGCUUAAUAAAUCCGAUGAAGCGUUGAGCGAGGAGCAUCAUUCAUCGCCAGCUGAUGAUAAUGAUGAUUAUCUAAUAUAUGAAGAUGAGAGAUCAUAUUUUACUUAAUAAGAAGAAAAUGUUUUUACUACGAACGCACCGUAAGGCGAUGUCGCCUCCUCCUCCUUCUCCUCGUCAUCCGCCUACAUUCGCACACACACACACACACAUACACAUCCACAACACAACACCACACACAAAUCACAAGCAAGAACAACCAAAACAACACAUACACCUACAUACAUCUAUAUACAGCCAACAACCAUCUGCAUAUACAUAAUAAUAAACUAUACCAAGUACCAUUUUUCACAUUGCAUACAAAUAAUUUACAAAGAUAAAAGAUAACAAUUAUUAAAUAUUAAAGGCGUAAAACGAUUUAACAGAUUUAUAAGCGUAAGAUGAAACAACAAAUACAAAA